UAUCUAUAUGUAUCUUCUCAAUACAUUCCUUAUGUACACACCGACAUUGAGAAUACAGUUUAUCAAGAUCUCGGGAAUCUCGAGAUGUCAAGAGAAUCUAUCAAAACUGCUUCCCUACGAACAAAUUUCAUUUAAAUUGACCUCGAUAAAUUAUCUCUUAUCAUCGAAGUUCUCACUAAAUUAAAUCUUUAAAGUGAUGAACGUUCAAUCUAACACCAGCAAUUGAAAAGAUGUCCUCCAAAGAAAACCCUGAACCCGAAACACAAGGACUAAAGGGACCUUCUACUGCACAGAAAGUGGUCAAGACUGCUUUUCUGGUUUUUAUAUGGAUCUGUAUAGGACUGAAUUUGGAAAUAACUGGACCAACAUUAAAAGACCUCAAACUUCGUGCACAUCUGGACUAUGAGGAGGUAUCGAGAGCUGUGUCCGGUAGAAGUAUCGGGUUCUUUAUUGGAGCUGCAAUGGGAGGGUUUAUUGUGGAUAAACUCGACCCCCUCUGUGAUCUGGUGCUGGCCAUAUGUCUAGAUCUGAUGGGAACAGCAACUAUUGUAGCCCCAUAUUCUGAAAAUAUCGGCUUGAUGUGGUUUCUUUUUGUAAUGCAAGGAACAUUUGAGGGAAUCAUAAAUAUAGCUGGCCAAAAGCUUGUUCUUGAAAUUUGGCAGGAAAAAGCGUCAUCUCCUCUGUUUCUCUUACACUUUGGAUUCGGGAUUGGGUCCUUUAUCGUUCCACAGAUUGCAAACCCAUUUCUAGCUGUUCCUAAACCAACGGCCGCGGCUAAUUCCUCUAACAUCACCACGGUCGUACCUAUAUCCACAACAGAGACUACAGAAUUGUUAAAGGAGUCCAGAAUAGAGUGGGCCUACCUGAUCGUUGCUUUUAUUGCUAUAGGGGUUUCAUUUGUGUUUUAUUACUACCAAUUCUUUGGUAAAUGGUCAAGGAAUACUCAUGCCAAUAAAUCUUCAAAAGAUACAGAUGUGCAACCAACUAUUCGCGAAAUAAUUGAUCCUGCGACAUGUGCAGAUGGAAAUCGCCUGUUUGGUAUACACGUUCUGGGACUGCUCUUUCUUUUCUUUUUUAAUGCUACUGGUGGUGAACGAGUUUAUGGUAAAUUCAUUCGCAGUUUCGCUAUUGAUCACAACAAACUAGACGGAGAUGAGGCAUCUUUGAUGAAUAGCUCUUUUUGGAUCAGUUUUGCUAUUGGGCGUUUUUCUGGAUUUGUUGCUGCUAAUUGGAUUUCCAUUCGAUUUAUUGUUUUGAUAGAAGGAACAGGAGCUCUUGUCUCUGCGGUUCUUCUGAACAUCUUUGCUGAAGACAGCACUACGAUGUUAUGGGUCCUGACUCAGCCAAUGGCCUUCUUCAUUGCCCCUUGUUUUCCAUCCGGUGUGGGAUGGGGUGAUUUUCAUAUUCAUUUGUCGGGAGUUGGGAUAACUUUUCUUCUUUUAGGAGGAGCGUUGGGUGGUGUUUGCUACAUGUGGAUCAUAGGGUAUUUCUACGAGAACAAUGGGCCACUUUCUUUCUUUUACAUCAUACAAACUUAUGGUAUUCUUAUGUGUGCCCUAGCUUUCAUAAUGCAUUUCUCUACCUGGGGAAAAGGACACCGAUUUAAAAAGGGAGCGAAAGAAAUCGAGAUCGAGACUGUGGAUGUUAAAUCAGUGAAUCUUAAAUUGGACGAGAAAUCGUACAGUGAAAAACUAUGA